GGUGUCACAAUACACAGACCGAUAAUAUAUGGAAACAUUGCGACAGUCCUUACUCCUGCUGAGAGGGAGACAUCUCACUAUCCAGACCACACUCAUCGUUGGACAGUCGCAGUUCGUAGCGCCCCGAGUGUCCCAGACUCUGAUAUUGUCGGUGGUGCAGAUGACUUGGGGUACUUCAUAAAACGAGUCACGUUCAAAUUGCACGAUACAUAUCCGAAUCCGACCAGAAAUAUCGAUAAACCUCCAUUUGAGGUGUCAGAAACUGGUUGGGGGGAGUUUGAGAUUCAAAUCCGCAUCACAUAUGUAGCAGAGUCUGGCGAGAAAGCCACCACGCUAUACCACCAUCUGAAGUUACAUCCUUGGUCGAUUACCUUCCCUAUGCCAAAUGCAUCUGCAGUUCCCGUAGAGCCUGAAAUUCCGUCUCCCGAGAACGCUGCAAAACUCGGGCCUGUGCAUAGUUGGCAAUACGACGAGAUUGUCUUUACAGACCCAUUCCAAAAUUUCCUCAAUCUUCUAACUGCACAUCCACCAACGCCGCUGCCGAAAACGAGUGUAAACAAGAAGCCCGUUCCUUUUCACUCGUCUAACCCCGCGUCAUUGGAGGCGAGUUUAAAGGGUGGUGUGCCGGAGUUCACCAGUGCCAUGGAGAAAGAGGAGGCAGAUAGAAUGGAAGAAGCGAAGGGCAAGAUUAUCAAAGAGCAGGAGAAAUGGCGAGUCAUCUUGAUAGAAAAAGAAAAGGAGCUCGAAAGGCUUCAGAAGUUACUUACAUCAAAGGAGUGA